UACAAUGAAAGACUUCGACGAGUUAAUGACUUUGGUUGGGAGUCACGGACCUUACCAACGGUGGCUUGUGUUUGGGGUCGUCGGACCUAUCAGUUUCUUCAUUGGCUUCACGGUCAACCUCUUAUUGUUCCAGCUGAAAGUGCCAGACUACUGGUGCCACGUCCCAGGCAUUGAAAAUACUUCGCUGUCACCAGAAGAAUGGAAAAACCUUACUAUACCUAGAGAAUCCGGCAAAUUCUCAAGCUGUUCCCGGUAUAAGGUGGAGUGGCUGGAGGAAGGAGCAGAGGAACCAUUCCUUAUCCACAACAUCACGGAAGCCUGUGAGCAAGGUUGGGAACACGACACGUCCGAGUUUCUGGAGACAAUGUCAACUAAAAACGAGUGGUUUUGUGAGCGGAAAGACUAUAUCAACCACAUCUAUUCUCUCAAUCAAGCGGGCCAUACCGUUGGCACUGCGAUCUUCCCGGUGAUUGCUGAUAGACUUACAGGUCGCCGGCUAAUGUUCUACGUGGCUCUUGCUAUACACGCAGUUUUCACCUUCCCCAUUGCGUGGGUGUCUAACUAUGGCGUCAUCUGCGCCCUGAAAUUCGUUGCAGGACUUGCAUUUGAGACGAUCAAUAUGAUGUCUUAUAUCUCUGGUUUUGAGUUCCUAGCUCCAGAAAAACGCACUACAGGUUCCCUCGUCACGUUUGCUGCCUGGACCUUCGGCAUAUGUAUGACAUCACUUACGGGAUGGCUGAUCCCGAGGUUUCAAUAUCUGGUAGUGAUCUCGUGCAUUCCAGCUGUUUGUGGGUUCCUUUACUGGAGGUACCUUCCAGAGUCCCCGCGCUGGCUUCUGUCUCAAGGGAAAAUAAGUGAAUGUGCCACGAAUCUCUUACUGGUAGCCCGCUCGAACCACAAGACCGAAGUAACCCGCGAGCAGUUGGAGGCCGAGCUGCGCAUACUGUGGGAGCGACAGGAAAAAGAAGUGUCACUCUUUGAAAUCCUUCGUUACCCGAAGCUUCGCCUGAGGGCCCUCAUACUGUUAUACAUGAGUGCCUGCACUUUCUUGAUUUAUGGCGUGGUGUUCCUCGGAGUCACUGUUCUCUCGAGCAACUUUUUCCUGAGCCAUUUCGUGUUGUCCCUCUCGGAGCUCCCCAGCAACGGCCUCGGCUGGGUGUGUACGCACUACCUCGGUCGUCGCUGCACCUGCAUCCUCUCCUUCCUCACAACUGGUGCAUUCUGUGUUGCGGCGACUUUCUGUCUUGAAGACAAGUGGGCGAUGCUGGCCGUAGCUGCAUGCAUCAGGCUCUUCUCCACACAGCUUAUAUACAUCGUGACGAUUCAGAGUGGAGAGAUCUUUCCCACGCCGAUCAGGUCCACUGGGUUCGCUUGGAUGGUGGUGUGUGGAAUGGCAGCCAUGGUAGCAACCCCAUAUAUUCUUCAUUCGGGCUAUGGUGACUCUUUUCCUUACUGGCUCCUCGCAUCGUUCAUGUUACUCGGUGCCUUCCUAGGUCUGUUCCUCCCAGAGACCAUAGGCCUACCACUUCCCCAGACUUUCGAAGACGCUGAGAAAGUGGGCACAGGACGACCCCUUAUGACUUGGAUCCACCACUGGAACCAACACAGGUAUAUGCCAGUCUCGUCUGAGGAACCUGACAAUCUUGAACUCAAGAGAGGUUUAAAUACAUGUGAAAAGGAGAACUAAAGGUUUCAGUUUACUAGACUGUACAAAAACGGACAGAUGUUACACUCCCCCUUACAUUACCCAAGAGAAGGACGCCAUGUAAUAAGUCACUAAUUAUCCCCCAAGUGACGUAAAUUCCAUUUUUUAGAAUUUCUUUUAUUAUUAUUAUUUUCUAAACUUCAUACAUUUAAAUUAAUCUGUAUUUAUUCUAUCGAAACACAAGUAGAUAGAGCGAAAAAUAUAGAAAUGAAAAAUAUAGAACCAUCCUUGGCUGAAAUCUACCUCACUCAUAUGUAUGUUCUUUUUUGUAUUUUUAACAAGGGAUAUCUGUAUCUAUGGAAAGAUUAAAAUUAAGUAUGAAU